UAUGGCGACAAGGGCUUCGCCGUGUUGGGCUUCCCUUGCAAUCAGUUCGGCAAGCAGGAACCAGGCUCGGCCGAAGAGAUCCGUGAGUUCUGCACCGAUCGCUACGACGUGACGUUCCCAAUGUUCGAGAAGAUCGAAGUCAACGGCGACGACACGGCUCCGCUGUACACCAAGCUGAAGAGCUUCGAAGCCGACCCCGGCGACGUGAAGUGGAACUUCGAGAAGUUCCUGAUCGGCAAAGAUGGUGAAGUGGUCGCUCGCUUCCGCACCCGCGUCGAACCUGACGACGCGAUGGUGGUUCAGUCGAUUGAAUCGGAACUGAAGAAGAAGCCGUACGUUUUGCCUGAAUCGACUCUUCAAAAGCAAUUGAAAAAGGACCAGCCGUUCGAAUCGCUCGAACUGGAGACCUUUCUCAACUUGCUGCGCACGCACAACAUGAUCGCGGCCGCUCCUGGUCGCCUGAUGAAGCGGCACAGCUUGUCCAGCGCUCAGUACAACAUCCUGAAAAUCCUCGACUCGCAUCAUGGGGAAGGGCUGCCGUGCUUAGAGAUCGUGCAGCAGAUGGUGACCAGGGUUCCCGAUAUUACCCGGUUAGUCGAUCGCCUGGCCGAUGCCCAGUUGGUGGAACGUAACCGCAGCGAAAGCGACCGCCGCGUGGUGAUGAUCACCAUUACCCCCAAAGGUCGCGAAUUGGUCGAAACGAUCCGCGAACCACUGCUCGACAUCCAUAAGCAAAACCUGGGGCAUAUGACCGAAGAAGAGCUCUCGCAGCUGAAUCAACUACUGGUGAAAGCUCGUAUCCGAGCAGAAGCCGCCCCCUUGAGCGACGGCUCGGAAUGA